AUGGGACCCAAACCUCAUGGCAACCCCCUAAACAAACAUAAACUUCAAUUGGGCGAUUGUCUUGGGAAAGGAGCGUUUGGGUCGGUUUAUCGCGCUUUAAACUGGGAGACUGGUGAGGCGUAUGCAGUGAAGCAAGUGAAACUUAGUAAUAUACAUAAGGCAGAACUCGAUGUUAUAAUGAGAGAGAUUGAGCUGUUGAGUAUACUUAAUCAUGAUAAUAUUGUAAAAUAUAUUGGAUUUGAAAAGAGCAACGAGUCAUUGUUCAUAGUCUUAGAAUACUGCGAAAAUGGCUCACUCCACACAAUAUGCAAAAAAUUCGGAAAAUUUCCCGAACACCUUGUAGCAUUUUAUAUCGGCCAAGUUCUCGACGGUCUAUUAUAUCUGCACGAGCAAGGAGUUAUCCAUCGUGACAUCAAAGGCGCGAACAUACUAACUACAAAAGAAGGCCGAGUGAAAUUAGCAGAUUUCGGUGUCGCCACCAAAACAAACGCGUUAAAUGAUUAUGCGGUAGUUGGCUCUCCGUACUGGAUGGCGCCAGAGAUCAUCGAGCUAUCAGGCGCGACAACCGCAUCAGAUAUUUGGAGUGUCGGAUGUGUCGUGAUAGAGUUACUGGAAGGAAAGCCGCCAUACUCAUAUUUGGACCCAAUGCCGGCGUUGUUCCGGGUUGUGCAGGAUGAACAUCCGCCAUUGCCAGAGAGCGCGUCGCCGGCGGUCAGGAAUUUUUUGAUGCAAUGUUUUCAGAAAGAUGCUAAUUUGAGAGUUUCGGCGAAAAAAUUGUUGAAACAUCCAUGGAUUGUUAGCGCUCGUGGUGGAAUGGGUACAAUAACAAAAAAGACACUGCCACGAUCUAUGAAAGUACCUAUUACCACCGAAUAUGAGGAAGUUGUACAAAGUGUUAAAGAUUAUAAUAUGGCAUUAGACGAGACAAAUAGCACAACUUCCCGGAGGCGAAGUUCCGUGUCGAGAAGGCCAUCACGACUUUCUCUCUCAUCCCCACACUCACCAAUCCAACAUCAACCGCUGACCAGUAUUCCAGAUUCUUCGUCCGCCUCGACAAAUGCUAAUACCAAUCCAUCCUCAGCAUUAUUAUCUUCCUCAUCGCCAUCGCUACGCACACCUCGGCCUAAUGAUGCUGCCUCAAAAGUGAAACCUCCAAAAUCAUCAAUGCUCGAAACUAGCAAUAGGGACGCUGGAUACGUGGACCCAUCUUCAAUUACCAACGAUUUACAUAAAUCACGCGCGAUUCCAGAACCGGAUUCAGCAAACGACAAUUGGGAUAGUGAUUUUGAGGAUGCUAUUCCGUACUCGAAAAUCAUUGCUUUACAAAAAGAGAAACGUGGUGCCGAAAGGAAAGGAAAAAUUGGGCAGACAAAACAAACUAAUCUUAUUCAUAAGCCUUCCCCUGUUUUACCAAAAGAUACUCAAAUCACACCGCAAUCUUCACGUAAUAAUCGGCCAUUAACGCCACCAACAUCACCACCAAUGUCACCAGCAUCGCCUCUGACUUCACUAACAACAUUACCUUCAACGCAAAUCAAUUCUUCACAGAAACAACCACAUCAUACUCACAAUCGUCAUAAUUCAUAUUAUGACGAAGAAAGUCAAGUUGAAUUUCAUAAAUAUCGUGAACCGGACGAAGAUAAUUACGAGGAUGCAUUUUCUGAUGGACAAGAUGAUGAAAACCUAAUACUGAAUACUCGUCUAUCGAGCAGCAGUUGGCUCGGCGAUGAUUCAAGUGAUGAAGAUGAUCCCUUUAUUGAAAUAGAUGAAGGAUUAAACGAAAUGGAUUUGCAGGCCAACAUUGCAAGAGAUAAAUAUGCCCGUGCUUGUGCGCGUCUCGCUUCUCUUAUUAACACGCUACAACCAAAUGAAUCUGAAGAUAAAUUAUCGAACAUUUGUGAGGAAAUUAUACGAUUAUUAAAGGAGCAUAAGGAACUCAAAAAUCAUCUCAUCAUUUUCCAUGGCGUCAUUCCAAUAUUGGAGAUGUUGGAAAUGUGCUCAUCCGAAAAAGUGGUGAGUCGACUUCUUGUAAUUGUUAAUUCCAUAAUCAAGGAUAAUCAAAAUCUUCAAGAGAAUCUUUGCCUGGUUGGUGGAAUUCCCGUGAUUAAAAAUUUCACUUCAAAACGCUAUUCCUACGAGACUCGUCUUCAAGCUGGAAUAUUUAUUCGACAAAUGUGUCACACCUCAACGUUAACACUGCAAAUGUUCGUCUCUUGUCGCGGACUCAAAGUACUUGUUGAUUUUCUUGAAGAAGAUUAUACACUACACAAAGAACUUGUUUGGAUUGCCGUCAAUGGGAUUUGGAGCGUGUUCGAGUUGCAAAGUCCAACGCCGAAAAACGACUUUUGCCGGUUAUUUGCAAAAAGUGGAUUAUUAGAUCCAUUGUCGAUUAUUUUGCAUCAGACACUAGAAGACAAGGAUCCAGCAGCUGGUGAAUAUCUCGAAAAAAUUGCGAGAAUCUUUUUAUUCUUUUCAUCUGCUGAAGCUUAUGUUAAAGAAUCAAUGGUCACCGGAAGAGUAAUAACGCGGAUUCUCGAGGAUCUUUAUAAGCUGCCAUAUGAUAUAUGCGUGAUUAUGUUGAAAUGCAUAAAGAAUUUAUCAAUGAAUUCAAACACCCUGGAAUCUUUACAAAGUGCUGGUGCAAUUGAGGUAUUAACAGAAAUCUUAGUUCAAAAAGGCUCGCGAGACAGACCAGAGAUUGCAAAUCAAGUUCUCAAUACGAUGUUUAAUCUUUGCCGAAUAAAUAAAUCACGACAAGAGAAAGCAGCACAGGCGGGCAUCAUCCCUUAUUUACAAUCAUUUGCGAAAUCACAGCUUCGACAAUUCGCCUUACCAAUUCUAUGCGACAUGGCUCAUGGAAACAGAGUUUGUCGUGAUUUGCUUUGGAAAAAUGAUGGUCUUCGAUUCUAUAUAUCAUUAUUGAUGGAUCCGUAUUGGCAAGUUAAUGCAUUGGAGGCAAUUCUUGCUUGGCUACAAGGAGAAAAGCUACGCGUGGAACCGAUUCUUUUGGAAUCUCAGAAUAUUGAACGCAUUCGUCAAGCAUUUGUCACCGCUAAGGCAUUUUCUUUUGAAAAUAUUCUGGAGCCAUUGCACUUGAUCACACGCCUAUCACCGGAAAUAGCGUAUGCUUUGGCGAAGCCUGCAUUCAUUAUACGCUUACUCCAUCGUCUGAACCAUAAGAAACCUAUAGUACGAUUGAAUAUCCUGAAAAUUCUGAAAUCAUUAUGUGAUGCUUAUCCCGCUGUCGUCGAACAGCACGAGAUCUUAUUUGAUAAAAUUAAUCAAAAGAUCAGAGAAGACCCUUCAAUGCUAGUAAGAGAAUUGGCCAAAGAAAUCUUCAAUACCUUAAAAGGAUACAUUAGAUCUGGUGAAACGCAAAAUCAGAAAAACUCUUUUCCAACACCUAUCGAAGAAGAAGAAGAAUAUAUUCAAUCAACCGUCAUUUUAAUCGAUAAGAAUGCAUUACGUGGAGAAGAACAUGAUACUUAUGAACAAUCUGAAGAUGUCAAAGAGGACAGCGAAAAAAUAUAUGCAUCGAAUAAUAAUUAUGAUAGUAUCGUUAAGCAAGACGUAGAUACAAUAAUAGGUAUCAAUAAUAAUACGGCUUCGCCAGUAAGAGUUCGUCCUCGCGCAUUUUCAAGUCCGCUAGCACCUAAUCCUCGACGAUCAAAAUCAAUUUCAGCAGCUCAACCACGUCCGACAUCCACUGGUUCAUCUUUAUCACCGGAAAUAUUAGCAAUUAAGAACACACACCGACGUUUGUUAUCUUCACCUUCAAUGUCAUCGGAUCAGAUGCGUUCUGUAUCCUCUUCAUCAUCUUUCACACCACAUACAAACGGCACCUCAACAUCUUCACUCCAGAGAACAUCAGCAGCUUCAAGUUCUAAAAAUGCACCUCAAACGUCAUCAGCUAUUACUGAAUUCGAUUUCCCAUAUGAUCAUAUCCGUAAACGUUCAGAAUCACGUAAAUCUCGACCAACCUCAACUCAAACAAAUUUCAUAAUAUCCGAAUUAUCAUUACCCUCGACCAAUAUCGCAGCUGAUCUAAAAACACCCGUGUCUAAGAAAUCUAUUAACAAUACUAUCACUUCGACGGCCUCAGUUUCUAGUUGCGACAGCGGCGUUACAAAAUGCACAUGUCCUGGAUGUAUAAUGAAAUGGGUGAAAUCGAAAUUAAGCAGAGUACUUGAAAUGGAAAACUUCUUUUGA